CUGCUUAACGAAGCCCCAUCGGACAUUUUCGCAAAGGAAAAAGUUGUUUCAAAUCACCUCCCGAACCACCCCUUUCAAGGAACUCCAACACUUUUGGGGCACCCUGUAUACGUCGACCGACGUAAUUUUUUCUGCUGUUGAGCAACAUUCGAUCGUAUUACUUAAAUUUUUGCCGUAGAAUCCCGUAGAAUAGUCCUCGACUACCGGUUUCACGAUUAAUGUUAACGACGUAGUUACAAGUUGUUGGUUUUUUUUUUUUUUUUUUAAACAAGAAAUUGUCGAAUAAUUUUGUUAACUUACGAGAUAAUAAAUGGGAAAGUUAAAUAAAUAAUUUAUUAAGCAGGAUGUAUUUGUUUUCGUUGUCGGAUAUGUUAGGACGAUUGAUAAAUUUAGUACAUGACAAUGUCGAUACCCCGGUCACUCUUUAAUCCCCCCUUCCGAUAAAGGUGCGUUCGAAAUUGUGUGGAGAGAAGAAUAAAACUGUUGGAUGAAAGGCAUACGAGCACAUAUGUAUCGAGUGUCCUGAAGCCACAGGUGAUAGGAAACAUGAUUAUUCUCUUAAUUACGUUGUUUUUCGUACAAGUUAACAUCAAAGUCGAUGCCAAGGAUACGUAUGGUUUUCCAUGGUACUAUAAAUGCGAAGGUGGUCUUUGUAAAAAGCAGGAAAUUACGGAGGACGUGAUUUCACCAUUUUCGUUGGAAGUAUGCGAAUUGUUUUGCGGUGCGUCCAGUUCAUUGUGGCCGAAACCAACGGGGCAUUUAUCUUUAAGCAAAAGAAUGGUCCAGCUUGAUCCUGAGAAAAUUUCGAUAGCUGAUUUAGAAAGUCUGAAAGAAAUUGGAGAUCUACUUGGAAAGAAUCUGGCUUUACUGAAACACAAUGCACAGAAAUCUGGUAGGAAAUUGGUGGCAGAAAGUGGUGGGUUGGGCAUGCUUGUUCGAUUUACAGGAAUCCUCGAAACUAGCAACGUUAAAUUAACGUUGAACACGGACGAAAGUUACACUUUGACUAUUACGGAGGUGGAGGAAACGAUGUUGAAUGCAACGAUAACGGCGAAAUCAUAUUUUGGUGCAAGACACGGUUUGGAAACAUUGAGCCAGUUAAUCGUUUUCGACGACUUAAGGGAUCAGAUUCAAAUUCCAAGUCAGGUAUCGAUAUCGGACGGACCCGUUUACCCCUACCGCGGAUUAUUGUUGGACACUAGUCGCAAUUUUAUCGAAAAGUCGAUAAUACUGCGAACAAUCGAUGGAAUGGCCAUGUCGAAGAUGAAUACGUUACAUUGGCAUAUCAUCGAUUCCCAUAGUUUUCCUUACGUCGGUAGAACGUGGCUGAAUUUUUCAAAAUUCGGUUCUUAUACACCUGAGAAGAUCUACAAUGAGAGAGAUGUCGAGGAAAUUGUCGAGCAUGGAUUGAUUCGGGGUGUUCGAGUAUUGCCGGAAUUCGAUGCACCUGCCCAUGUAGGGGAAGGAUGGCAAUGGGUUGAUGACGACGCUGUAGUUUGCCUCAAAGCAGAACCCUGGAGAAAUUAUUGCGUCGAACCGCCUUGCGGUCAACUUAAUCCGACCAAUGAAAAAGUAUACGAAAUUCUCGAAGGUAUAUAUAAAGACAUGAUCGAGGAUUUCCAGCCAGACAUUUUUCACAUGGGCGGGGACGAAGUGAAUAUAAAUUGUUGGAAUUCAUCGUCCGCUAUUACAAAUUGGAUGCAGACUGUCAAAAACUGGGAGUUAUCCGAGUCGAAUUUCUAUAAGCUUUGGGAUUACUUCCAACGAAAUGCAUUGAACAAAUUGAUUCUCGCUAACGGAGGUAAAGAGAUACCCGUCAUUUUAUGGACCAGCGGCCUGACCAACGCGGACAAUAUUAAAUAUCUCGAUCCAAAGAAAUAUAUCGUACAAAUUUGGACAUCCAAAGAUGACCCUACCAUCAGUAGAUUAUUGCAGAAUAAUUUUAAAGUCAUCUUUUCCAAUUAUGACGCUCUGUAUUUAGAUUGUGGAUUUUCGGCAUGGAUAGGCGAAGGUAAUAACUGGUGUGCUCCUUACAAAGGUUGGCAAAAUGUUUACGACAAUUCCCCUUUGAAGAUAGUCGCGUCGCAUCAUCUCGAAACGAAAAGAAAUCUCAUAUUAGGAGGAGAAGCGGCUCUUUGGACGGAGCAAGCCGACGGUAUGACGAUCGAUUCGAAAAUCUGGCCUAGAGCAGCAGCACUCGCUGAAAGAUUGUGGGCAGAGCCAACCUCGAGUUGGAUUCACGCGGAGCAGAGAAUGCUCAGGCAUAGAGAACGAUUUGUGAGAAGAGGAAUCGCUGCGGAAAGCUUGCAACCUGAGUGGUGUUUGCAAAAUCAAGGCCAGUGUUAUGCGUAAUUUACUUUCCAAGUUCUUCAACGAUUCGACAUUCUUUGUUCUUUUCGAUCGAUAAGUAAUAAUAUUCUAUAAUUAUUUUCUGCUUUAUCUUGCAUUGAAAUUGUAUUUUGUUAAAUCUUAUUGUAUCGAAAACUACCAUGUUAGAAGAAAAAUAUCAUUUUAUUUCGAUAAUCA